CUAAAUCGGUGUAAGGAAACGAAAAGUGCGUGAAGCUGCGUUCCCUGCUGACUCCUCUCCACCUCCCCGGUUAUUCUUUGCGACACAAGGCCGUAAAGUGCAGAUUGGUCGCCAUAGAGACAGUCAGCUGGUGGAUUGGGGGCAGAGGUGGUCGGGGGAAGAGCAUCAGCUGCUUCAUCAUAUUGGAAGGUAGCGGGCAGGAGGUGUAAGACAGAAUGACUGGAAACAGUCUUGUUCUACCCAUAGUCCUAUGGGGACGGAAAGCACCUACUCACUGCAUUUCCACGGUUCUUGUCAUGGACGAUUUAGGGACCGUGGUAACAGGUUGUCAUGAUGGACAGAUCUGCCUUUGGGACCUCUCACCAGAUCUGGAAAUUAAUCCCCGGGCCUUGCUCUUUGGUCACACAGCUUCUAUUACCUGCUUAUCUAAAGCCUGUGCAUCCACAGACAAGCAGUACAUAGUGAGUGCAUCAGAAAGUGGAGAGAUGUGCCUUUGGGAUGUAAAUGAUGGGAGAUGUGUAGAAUUUACCAAAUUGGCAUGCACGCACACUGGAAUCCAGUUCUAUCAGUUUACUGUUGGUACACAGCGAGAGGGGAGGCUGCUCUGCCACGGGCAUUAUCCAGAGGUCCUUGUCGUGGAUGCCAGCAGUUUGGACGUCCUAUACACAUUAGUAUCAAAGAUAUCUCCGGAUUGGAUCAGUUCCAUGUGCAUAAUUCGAUCACUCAGGACACAAGAAGAUACUGUUGUAGCUGUUUCAGUCACUGGGAUUCUAAAAGUUUGGAUAAUAACGGCAGAAGUUCACAGAAUGCAGGACACGGAACCGGUUUUUGAAGAGGAGUCAAAGCCUAUUUAUUGCCAGAACUGCCAAAGCAUUUCUUUUUGCACCUUCACCCAGAGGUCUUUGUUAGUGGUGUGUGCAAAAUACUGGAGGGUAUUUGAUGCAGGAGACUACUCAUUAUUGUGUUCUGUCCCAAGUGAAGAGGGACAGACGUGGACUGGUGGAGACUUCAUAUCAGCAGACAAAGUUAUCAUAUGGACAGAAGAGGGACAGAGCUUUAUUUACAAACUACCAGCUAGCUGUAUCCCAGCAAGUGACACUUUUCGCAUCGAUGUUGGGAGGGCAAUUGAAAACUCAAUCCCACCUCUGCUUUACAGCAUUGUUCAAAAAGAAGAUAAACAGGCGCAGGAAAGAUGUGACGUGGAGGCUUUUGUCCAGAUUCCUGUUUGCGAGCAGCUCUCAGACCAAUCAAAAGUGUCAGAAUUGUACACCCCACGGACUUUGUUUCACACCUGGCCUCUUGAGGCAAUACUGCUUAUCUGUCCCCCAGUAACAAGAUUUUUCUAUGGACGCAGAGUAUCUUUCCAUAAACUUUUGAUUCAAGGGGAUUCUUCUGGCAGAGUCUGUAUCUGGAGUAUUCCAGAUGAUCUAGACCUGGAAGAGAACCAAGGAGGACUUAAAAUCACUACCACCACUUCUUUGCAAGAGGCUUUUGACAAGCUCUCCCUUCGUCCGGCUGGGAUUAUUGACCAACUCAGUCAGAUACCAAACAGUAAUGAGCCACUUAAGGUGACUGCAAGUGUAUAUAUCCCAUCCCAUGGACGUCUUGUUUGUGGCCGAGAAGAUGGCAGUAUAAUUAUUGUGCCAGCCACACAGACAGCAAUUGUCCAACUAUUGCAAGGGGAACAUAUGCUGAGGAGAGGUUGGCCACCACACAGGACUCUGCGUGGACAUCGAAACAAAGUGACAUGUUUGUUAUACCCCCACCAAGUAUCGACCCGCUACGAUCAACGCAUCCUGAUAUCAGGUGGUGUGGACUUCUCUGUCAUUAUGUGGGACAUUUUUUCUGGUGAGAUGAAACAUAUCUUCUGUGUGCACGGUGGUGAGAUUACUCAGCUCCUUGUUCCACCUGACAGCUGUAGCACAAGAGUGCAGAAUUGUAUCUGCUCUGUUGCCAGUGAUCACUCAGUGGGUCUUCUGAGCUUGAAAGAAAAGAAAUGUAUCAUGUUGGCGUCUCGCCAUCUCUUUCCCAUUCAAGUUAUAAAGUGGAGACCAUCGGACGAUUACCUAGUGGUUGGAUGUUCAGACGGCUCUGUCUAUGUCUGGCAGAUGGAUACCGGAGCAUUAGAUCGAUGUGUAAUGGGUAUCACCGCGGUGGAGAUUUUAAAUGCGUGUGAUGAAGCGGUCCCUGCUGCGGUUGAUACUCUCAGCCAUUCGGCUGUAAACCUAAAACAGGCCAUGACGCGACGCAGUCUCGCUGCACUCAAAACCGUGGCUCAUCACAAGCUGCAGACUCUUGCUACCAAUCUCCUGGCUUCAGAGGCAUCAGACAAAGGGAAUUUGCCUAAAUAUUCGAAUAACUCCCUAAUGGUCCAAGCAAUAAAGACAAAUGUAACCGACUCAGAUAUACACCUGCUCUUCUUUGAUGUGGAAGCACUAAUUAUUCAACUACUCACUGAAGAAGCCUCGAGGCCAAAUACUACACUUAUCUCUCCAGAGAGUUUGCAGAAAGCAUCUGGCAAUUCUGACAAAGGAAGCUCUUUUCUGGCUGGUAAACGAGCAGCGGUGCUUUUCCAACAGGUCAAAGAAACCAUCAAAGAGAACAUUAAAGAACAUCUUCUUGACGAUGACGAUGACGAUGAAGAAGCCAUGAGACAGAAGAGGGAUGAAAGUGACCCCGAAUACCGUUCCAGCAAAUCUAAACCAUUAACACUCCUUGAGUACAACCUGACGAUGGACACCGCAAAGCUUUUUAUGUCUUGUCUUCACGCCUGGGGCUUGAAUGCAGGACUAGAUAAAGUUUGUCUUGAACGCCUUGGGAUGCUUAAACCACACUGUCCAGUCUCUUUUGGCCUCCUCUCAAGAGGUGGCCACAUGUCACUCAUGCUUCCAGGGUUCAACCACUCCAUUUACAAAGCACAAGAUGAAUAUGAAGGUGUAGGAAGGAAAAUGUCAAUUAGUGAAGGACUUGGAAAGGGCACUUAUGGAGUGUCACGUGCGGUCACUACACAGCAUCUCCUAUCACUUAUAUCUCUGGCAAAUACAUUGAUGAGCAUGACAAAUGCCACGUUCAUUGGAGAUCACAUGAAGAAAGCUCCACAGAGGUCUCCUAGAUCUGGAUCCCCAGAAACUUUGAAAGGCAAACCUCCUUCCCAGAAUUCCAGCAGUUCUAUCCAGAGCCAGAUCAAACAAGCUGUUGCUCCUGAUGCUUCUGCUAGCACUGAAGCCGACCACGGCUCUGAUCGCACUUUACAUUCCUGUUUUUCAGUCAAUGAAGGAUGGAGCCAGCUUGCUGCCAUGCACUGUGUCAUGCUACCAGACCUGUUGGGGCUUGACAAGUUUAGACCCCCUCUUCUUGAAAUGUUGGCACGAAGGUGGCAGGAUCGAUGUUUGGAGGUUAGAGAGGCAGCACAAGCUCUUUUACUAGCAGAACUAAGGAGAAUUGGACAGACUGGACGCAAAGAAACUAUCGAUUCCUGGGCAUCAUAUUUGCCCCAAUAUGUUGACACCAUUAUGUCACCUGGUGUGACCACAGAAUCUAUUCAGACGGGCAGUGCAAGCCCCGACUCAGUGGGGUCAGAAGUCAAAGUUCAAGAGGAAGAGCAUGAUCUUGUGGAUGAUGAUAUCACAGCAGGUUGUCUUUCCAACAUUCCUCUAAUGAAAAAAGCUGCACCAUCUUAUGAGGAAAGACGUAAACAAGCCACCGCUAUUGUGCUGCUGGGAGUGAUUGGUGCAGAAUUUGGAGCAGAGAUUGAACCGCCUAAGCUCUUAACGAGGCCACGAAGCUCUAGUCAGAUUCCUGAUGGGUUUGGUCUGACCACCGGUACUGGCUCCAACUAUUCCCUUGCACGACAUACAUGCAAAGCUUUGACAUUCCUGCUGCUACAGCCACCGAGCCCCAAGCUGCCACCUCACAGCACCAUUCGCAGAACAGCUAUAGAUCUGAUUGGACGAGGCUUCACAGUGUGGGAGCCUUAUAUGGAUGUUUCUGCUGUACUCAUGGGGCUCCUGGAGCUCUGCGCGGAUGCCGAAAAACAGCUUGCAAACAUUACAAUUGGGCUGCCCCUGAGCCCAGCAGCGGACUCCGCCCGCUCGGCACGACAUGCUCUUUCGCUCAUUGCCACGGCUAGACCACCCGCCUUCAUAACAACGAUUGCCAAGGAGGUUCAUAGACACACAGCUCUGGCCGCAAAUACACAAUCCCAACAAAAUAUCCACACAACUGCUCUGGCUCGAGCUAAAGGAGAAAUCCUGCGAGUUAUCGAAAUACUUAUAGAAAAAAUGCCCUCUGACGUUGUCGACCUAUUGGUGGAGGUAAUGGACAUUAUAAUGUACUGCCUCGAAGGGUCAUUAUUGAAGAAGAAAGGGUUGCAGGAGUGUUUCCCUUCUGUGUGCAGGUUUUACAUGGUUAGUUACUGCGAUCGGAGCCACAGAAUAGCGGUGGGAGCACGCCACGGCUCAGUGGCCCUAUAUGACAUCCGGACUGGGAAAUGUCAGAAUAUCCAUGGCCAUAAAGGACCAAUUACAGCAGUUUCUUUUGCCCCUGAUGGCCGGUAUCUCGCUACGUAUUCAAACAGAGACAGCCAUAUUUCCUUUUGGCAGAUGAACACCUCCCUGCUGGGUAGUAUUGGAAUGCUGAACUCUGCACCACAACUACGGUGCAUUAAAACCUACCAGGUGCCACCGGUUCAACCCGCUUCCCCUGGGUCCCUCAAUGCCUUGAAACUCGCAAGACUCAUCUGGACUUCCAAUCGCAAUGUUAUCCUAAUGGCUCACGAUGGCAAAGAGCAUCGAUUUAUGGUGUAGGCACAGAACUCCCUACUUUCACCGUAUACCCACCUAGCUCCCCAGUAUGCCUCUAGCUUGCUGUUGGCAUUCGUAUCAGUCACAUAUUAAAAUAAUUUGUUCUGGUCAUGCAUGAUUUUCAAGUGAAUGCUGAGUGUGGCACAAGACAAUGUGAAUUAUUUCAGCUCCAUGGCUAUUGUAAUAUGGCUCUUACAUGUCCACAGCCGUCCCAGCUCUUUGAGUACUAAAAAUAAUUUAGUGGUUUGUUAUAGUUUUGCUUUGAAACAAACAAAACAUUCCUUCUCGCUAUUUUUUUAAUGCUGAAUUCUCAGCCUGUCCAGACUACAUUCAUCCAUCAUUGCACCCUCCUUAGUCUCUUUAUGUGUAUAUCUCAAUGUUUUGUAUAUGGAGGGGGUUUGAGAUUUUUUUUGUUAGGUUUUAUCUGUUACUUUCAGAAUUGUUUACAUUUACUAUCAUUGUUGUUUUUCUUUGAAUCUGUAACAUUACCGGUGUGAGAUUGUUUGUUUGUAUUUAAAACCUUUUAUUUUUUGUUUUGUCAUACUCACUGGAGAGUAAAAGGAUGCAGUACAAUUUAAAAUCAGGCACAGGCCCAAAAUAAAUCAUUCUGGUUCACAAA